CAUUAAAGCUGCAGCAAAAGUCGUCGCCCUCCUUCCUCCGAGGAGUCAGAGGCGCACAGAGGGAGACGGAAGGCCGACGCAGAGAGAAAGGGGAGCGGAGCGGCGGCGCAGACACAACACAAACCCAUCCCGCAGGCGUGCGACACCGACGCCAUAAAUUAGUAACGCUAAAGCUCCUGGAAACCGGACGCCUCAGCCGACCCGGGACGCCACGGACGGACGGACGCAGAGGAUACGUUCCUGGAAAAGGCCGGCCAGCUCGAAUAGGCUCCAGCGCCAGAGAGGCGGCUCGGUGCACGCUGGAAAUUCAAUUGGUGGAACCAGGGAGGGAGCCACGGCCUUUUUCCACUGCAGGAAACCGACAGAGGAAGCAGCAGCAGCAGUAUCUGCAGAAGCCGAGGGCCUGCUCUGCCUCUCUGCCUCUCUGCUGCGCGGCGUGAGGCAGUGACUGCGCCGGGGACGCACCGCCGCAGCCGCGCCGCUCGCUGAGGACGGACAGACUCCAGCUUGUCCCGGAGCCGCGCAGGAAUUUGACCGAGGAAUUCGGUCCGACCGGUCGCUGACCACAGCGCCAGAGCGUUUCCGGGGCUUCCGCCGUCGCCAUUCCUCCCCCGGGGAGCCCCCGCGGUGGUCCUCGGCAGGCUGCUUGUGGAGAUGUAAUCGCAGGUCGGGCUGGAUUUUAAACGACGCACACGUCCCACCUCCUCCUUCUUCUCCUCCGUCCGAGAUGGAGAGGGUCGACUCGGAGCCGGAGGGAGACGCAGAGCCGCCCAUGCACAGCGUGCACGGAACCAACCGGAUCCGACCGUCCUCCUACCGGGCCCUGCGCAGCGCCGUGUCCACCUUGGCUCGCCUGGAUGACUUCAGCUGCGAGAAGAUCGGGGCGGGCUUCUUCUCCGAGGUGUUCAAGGUGCAGCACCGCGUAACGGGUCAGGUGAUGGCUCUGAAGAUGAACAUCAUGGCCAGCAACCGAGCCAACAUGCUCAGGGAGGUCCAGCUCAUGAACAGACUAUCGCACCCCAACAUACUCAGGUUUAUAGGAGUGUGUGUCCACGAGGGACAGCUGCACGCUCUCACAGAGUACAUCAACGGCGGUAACCUGGAGCAGCUGUUGAGCAGCGACGUGUACCUGUCAUGGACCGUGCGGCUCAGCCUGGCUCUGGACAUCGCCCGCGGUCUGAAGUACCUGCACAGCAAGGGCGUCUUCCACAGGGACCUCACCUCUAAGAACUGCCUGGUGCGCUUGGAGGGCGGCGUGUGCUCCGCCGUGGUGGGAGACUUUGGCCUGGCUGAGAAAAUCCCAGAUUACAGUGAGGAGGAAACCCAGGAGCGUUUGGCAGUUGUCGGCUCCCCCUACUGGAUGGCCCCAGAGGUGCUCAGAGGAGAAGUGUACAAUGAAAAGGUGGACGUGUUCGCAUACGGGAUCAUCUUGUGUGAGGUCAUUGCAAGGAUACAGGCCGACCCAGACAUCCUGCCACGCACUGAGGACUUUGGCCUGGACGUAGAAGCCUUUCAGCUGAUGGUUGGAGACUGUCCACCCUACUUCCUGGAUUUGGCCAUCGCUUGCUGUAAUAUGUCGGCGAAACUCCGUCCAUCUUUUGCCCAAAUUGUAGCCGAGCUGGAGAAGAAACGAGCUGAGAGACGGCAGAGAGAUGAACCUCCGUUGAAAGACGUCAGACCUCGGCGAAGGCCCUCACUCUGCGACACGGCUGAUCCACGUCUCUCUAGAAGCAAGUCGGACAUGCUCCAUCCGCCGGAGACGCCUCCCUGCGUCUCCCUGGUGCCUUCCGCUCGGAUCAACCCCUUCUCGCAGCGGGAGGACCUGAAAGGGGGGAAAAUCAAGCUUUUCGACACUCCCAGCAAGUCGGUCAUCUCCCUGACUUUCACCUUGCCUCCCCCGCCGGACUGCAACGACGUUCCGGCGUCUGAAGCCGAAACGGUCGACAUUCCAAGGAGGCACAGGCGAUGCCACUCACUGCCGUGCACACCUCCACCUCAUAUGGUGUCUGCACCGAAUACCAUCCUCACGGAGGAGGAUUCGAUGUUUGAGAGGAACGAUGACGUGAACGGAGGAGGGAGUGAGGAGGAGGAGGAGGAGGAGAGUUUGUUGGAAGGAGAGAAGGAGACUUCUCCGGCAGGGGAUUCAGGUCUUCCACUGUCUAUCGAACCUCUGUCGCUGAAUCUUGAGGACCAAGAGCAGCAGGAGACGGAGGAGGAGCCCAUGGACUGCACCGUCUCCCCAGAUACGCAGGACAUCAGGUCAUCCCUUUACUCCAAGCAGCCUCCUCCCUCUCACUCCUCGACUCCCUUCCAUCCCUCCGCCCCGUCCUUAUCAAACGGCUGGAAGUCGGCCAUCUCCAACGGGCCUCCGUGCCUGCCGCCCCUCUCCAGCCUGGACAACCACAGUGUGAUUGUGAGCCGACCGCUCGGCUGGGGCGCUGCCACAGACUCUCCCCCAACAACCAACAACAACGGCUAUCACUCCCCGCCCAGCGACCCCGCUGGCUCGUCCCCGUUCGGCUCCGGCAGCGGACACUCGCUGGACCAGGAGGAGGUGAUCUCCUGUCCCGGCUGCUGCCUGGCCGGACUCCGUUUCCCCUCGGUGUGUCUGAGAGCCCCCCCUCGCCGAAACCCCUAUAAGAACUUGAACGGGGACCACGCAGCCUCCCGCGGGCUGCUCUGUCCAGGACCCAAGGGCCUGUCGCCCUCAUCUACGCCCACGACCACCAACACCAGCCUGGAUCCGGGAUUGGCCUUGCCAGAAGCUCAAACAUGAACCCUGAACCGUCAACACCAAAUGCGAAGCUCUUCCCUGGGAAUUAAGCGGGUCUUCUUAAAAUUUGCACAGAUUUUAAUGCAGCAAUACUUAUUUUCCAGACACAUUUUCUUUUUUUGUUGUUGCACAGAGGUUCGUGUGUCUGCAUGAGUUCAUUAAAAUACUGUCCAGACUUAAAAGAAAUGACUCUCUCCAGGAACGCUGUGGGACUUUGCGUGUUGGGGCGCCCUCUGCUGGACUGAGGGCGUCCCAACACACGGUGUCGGCUUGUGACUCGACUGAUCUGACUCCUAUCCGCAUGUGAGCACUCCAGUUUGUGGCAGCGAGAUCCUGUAAAUUUACAGCUGUAACGACUCUUACGCCGGGCGAGACUGAUGACGCUGAAAUGAGGAAUGUUAGUAUUAAUACUGUUGCAAUGAUUAAUUUUUUGACGUUUUGGUGCUGCUUCUGAAUGGACAGGCCGUUUUUGCUUUAACGUGUUUAAUUAUCAAGAGGUGUACAGUGGUUUUCUGAGUGUUUGAGUAAGCUGGUAUGCGAGUGACUGCGUGUGACUGUGAGGAUGAGUGGGGCUGUACACCGUUCUUAAGACUAUUUUUGUUGCUGUAUGAUCUUUGUUGGCCCUUCUGGUUGCCUGGUUAAGCACUUCAUCUGUAUUACUGUUAGUAAGGAAACUGUUUAUUGUUAUAUUUGGGAAUGAACGGUCAAAGACCUGCUUAAGAGAUGUACAGAUUCUUAUUAUUUAAAACGGCAUUGAAUAAAAAGAUAGAAUGCA